AUGUCCGACGCCUCGAGCUUUCUCGCCAGAAACAGAAACGCCAUUGUUGUGGCCUCGUUGGCGGCAGCAGCUGCUACAGGUGCCUACUUGUACUACAGGGAGACCCAGGCUACCUCUACCGGCUCCACUGCCGAUUCCGAAACUUCGGCUGCUAAAGCUGAAAAGAAGACUGUUUCGACUGAACCAAAGGAUGCCAUUUACCCUGUAACUCUGGAAGGAUUACCCGAUAUUAAUGAAGAGACCAUUGCCAACUUGUCUGACAAGGAGAAGGAAGAAUGGGCUUUGGCCUUGAAGGAGGACGGAAACAACGAAUUCAAAGCCAAAAAAUACACCGAGGCCAUUGCCUUCUAUACAGCUGCCUUGUUGUUGAAGAAGGACCCUAUUUUCUACUCCAACAGACUGGCCUGCUACUCGGCCCUCAACGAUCACGUCAACGUCAUUAAAGACACCACCGAGGCCAUCAAAUUGAAGCCAGACUACACCAAGUGUGUCUUGCGUCGUGCCACCUCUUACGAAUGUAUUGAAAACUACGCAGAUGCCAUGUUUGACUUGACCGCUUUAACGAUCUACGGUGGAUUCUCAAACAAGUCUAUCGAACAAGUCUUGGAAAGAGUAUUGAAGAAGCAGUCGAUGAAGAUUGUGGAUUCCAAGCCUAAGGAAUUGAGAUUGCCAUCUGCUGCCACCAUCGGCUCGUUCUUUGGAGCUUUCUUGAAAGAAACUGAACCAGAAGGCAUCUCUGAAGAGUCUACAGGCGCUGAUGCCUUCCUCUACCAGGCACUCAAAAAUAUAAACUCCAAUACCCCACAAGCCUACGAGGAUGCUGAUACUUUGAUCAACCAAGCUGUAGAAGCCUACAAUGUUGAAGAAUUGAGCAAGGACUCGGAAGAAGCUGCUAAGGCUUCGAUUGCCUUGGAGUACUUGGCUGCAUUCCAGUUCUUGAAGAACGAUCCUGCCUCUGCUGCCUCUCAUUUGGAAAAAGCCAUCGCCUUGAAACCAAGACCUAGAUCGUAUAUUUUCAGAGCUUUGAUCAACGCCGACAAGUCGUCUUAUACCGAAUCCCUUAGUGACUUUGCUAAGGCUGAAGAGAUGGACCCUAAUUGUCCAGAUAUCUUCUACCACUUGGGUCAAUUGUUUUACCUUACUGGAGACUUAUCCAAAGCCCAGGCUAACUUCGAAAAGGCUAAAGAGUUGAACCCAGACAAUGUGUUUGCCUAUAUUCAACUCGCUUGCAUAACCUACAAGAAUGGAUCCAUUGAAGCAGCUAACGAAAAGUUCACUGAAGCAAAGUUGAAGUUUGCUACCUCUCCAGAAGUGCCAAACUACUAUGGUGAAAUUUUAGCUGAUAAAGGUGACAUCCAAGGUGCUUGUAAGCAGUUCGAUAUUGCUGCCAGAUUACAAGAAAGCUUGCCAAACUUCUCUGUUGGAGCCUUACCUUUGAUCAACAAAGCCUCCAUCAUUUCCAGAGAAAGCUUUGAGAGAAUCGACGAAGCAGGUGAAUUGUUGAACAAAGCCUGUGAAUUGGAUCCAAAAUCUGAAUUAGCCAGAAUCACCUUGGCGCAGAUCAAAUUGCAGAAGGAUGAAGUGGAAGACGCCAUCGUGUUAUUUGAAGAGUCGUCUGACUUGGCCAGAAGCUACGAAGAAAAAGUCCAGGCCACCUCGUUUGCCGAAGCCACCAAGGUGCAAAAGAGAAUUAAACAGGACCCCAUUUUGACUGCCAAGAUCUCCGAGCUCAUGGCACAAAACGGAGUUCUUCAAUAAAAGGUAUCGUAAGAUUCAUAUGAUUCAUGAAGGUGAAGCUUGUCACUGGAGAAGUAUAGCAUUUUUUUCAUCAUUGCAUUAGAAAUGAAGAAUAAAACAAAACGCUUUUGUACUAUAUCGUCUUUAUCUUUUGCCUCAAAACUGAAAAUCCACUUCUUGUAAAUGUUUGCAAAUGUUGCUUCUGUUGUUUGCCCACUAUUCGGUUCAUUCUCUCAUUACCUAGUUUAUGUCGAUGUUAAUUGUAUAUAUAUUACUUUC